AUGGCGCGGAGUCGACGCGGCCGCAUUACGCGCGCAUUUCUGACACUCAUAGGCUCACUACUGCACUUUCUCCGGCAUGCGGUAGCGUCGCCACCUGCGCAAGUUCUCGCCAUUUUACUGCUCUUUCACUACUACCUCUCGUCACACAGCGACGGCUGGAGAGUGGAACGACAGCGGCUGAAAAAAUAUGUCGACAAAAUCGUUGUGCAGCCUGUUUUGAAUCACCCAGCGACCAGUUUUCUAGUGCGAAGCCAAUCGCUGGAUGUGGUGAAAAAUGCACUGCGGUCGCGGAGCGCUAGCUUGCAUAAUUUGCUCUAUCCUGGAGCACCUGCGAGAACGACCUCUAGGGAGGUAAGUGGCGAUGCUUCGACACCAGGUGGCGAAACCACGCCUCAAC